CUAUUUUAAUAUAUAUUUUUAAUUAUUUACUCAAUUCAUUAGUUGAAAAUUUAAGGGUAUUUUGGUCAUUGUUUGACUAAAAUCGAGUUCAGGUAUCAUUUUAUUCUAUUUUGCAAAACACUAAGUACAUUUUGUUAUUUAACAAAACAUACAAGUCGAUUGAGUAUUUAGACGAAAACACAAAGAGCCAAAUUAAUAUUUCUCCAGUCUCUUAUCUACUAAUACCCUUCUCAUUUAUUAUCUAUUUAUUUAUUUUUUUUUUUAAGAAACAUUUAUUUAUUUAUUUUAAAUUGAGAAGAACAAGAAGGAGAUGAAUGACAAAAUAGUCUUAAAGUAAAUUUAUACUUUAUCCUAAUUUAAAGAAUUAGUAGAAUUUUAGACCUAUGACAUUUUAUAAAAAAAAAUUAUCAAAAAAUAAACAAAUUGCAAAAUUAAUAAAGAAUUUUUUUUUUUUUCACCAAUUUCUCUAAUAAUAAUAAUAAUUAAUAAUCUUCAACUUCAGGUGUUUAUUUCUCCAAUCGCCAUUGUUGAAAGCUUCGUCGAUUCUUCUUCUUCAAUGCUAAGCUUUUUGCCCUCGUCUUCCUCCGAUGCUCUCUAACUUCCUCUCUAAUACCGACUCUACCCCUGCCGUCACCGGCGCCUCCUCCGACGACAUCGUUGACGACGUCGCAUCUUCUUCUUCGUCUUCUUUGGGAUCGACUUCUAAGCUUUCAGAGAUGUGGAGUUACUUGUGGAUUCCUUUCUUGAUUUCCUUAUCCAAGGAAUUCGUCCCCACCACCAAGGCCCAGUCCUCCUCCAUUUUCUUGCCUAGUCAGACUGAUCACGACUCGCCGUUGAGCUGCCCCUUGCCUGACCAGGAACUUUACUAUGCUCCAGUCAUCGGAAUCCUCAGUCACCCCGGCGAUGGUGCCUCUGGCCGCCUUAGUAACGCCACCAACGCCUCUUACAUCGCCGCCUCUUAUGUCAAGUUCGUUGAAUCAGCUGGAGCUCGCGUUAUUCCUCUUAUUUAUAACGAGCCUCUAGAAGUUCUUUACCAGAAGCUUAAUCUGGUCAAUGGAGUGCUUUUCACUGGUGGGUGGGCUAAAAGUGGGUUGUACUUUGAAGUUGCUCAAAAAAUAUUUCAGAAAGUUUUGGAGAAGAAUGAUGCUGGGGACCAUUUCCCAUUAUACGCCAUCUGCUUAGGUUUUGAAAUUCUGACAAUGUCCAUCAGCAGGGACAGGAAAAUCCUUGAACCCUUCAGUGCUUCAGAUGCAGCGACUACACUAGAGUUCUCCCCAAAUGUGAAUAUUGAAGGAACCGUUUUUAAUAGAUUUCCUUCAGAUCUGCUUAGCAAGUUACAAACAGAUUGUCUAGUCAUGCAAAACCAUCGUUAUGGUAUCUCCCCAGGAAGAUUUCAGGAGAACCAUGAACUAACCAGCUUCUUUAGGAUCAUAACAACCUGUACUGAUGAAGAUCAUAAGGUCUAUGUGUCCACAGUACAGGCACGCCACUAUCCCGUUACUGGAUUUCAAUGGCACCCGGAGAAAAAUGCUUUCGAGUGGGGCUUAACAAGAAUUCCACACUCGGAGGAUGCCAUUCAGGUGACACAGCAUGCGGCAAACUAUUUGGUCCGCGAGGCAAGGAAGUCCCUAAACAGACCACCUACUCAGAAAGUGCUUGACAAUCUCAUCUACAAUUACAGCCCUACGUUUUGUGGGAAAGCCGGGAAGGGAUAUGAUGAAGUUUACAUCUUCACCCGAUCUAAUAUGUGAAUCUUUGUAUAGGUUAUGUUGUGAAUUGGUUGUGAAUUACUGUAUAAUGCCAGAUAGUUAAGAGGCAUAUGCCAUUGUUCCUUUUAUUUGAUGUUAAGGACAUGGUUUAACAUUCGACUUUCAAGACCUUUCUUUGCUUGCUCUUAUUAUUUGUGUGUGUAUAUACACACAUAUAUAAUUGGCCUAA